CUUCGGAUGGGACCAUGACUGACGGAGCAGCCGGCUUGCUGAGCACCAGCCCCUCACAGCAUUUCUUACUGCUUCUGUUUGGAAAAUGAGUGCGACCCACACAUGGAAGAAGCUGAAAGAGCAGAAAAAGCACCACCUUAUAAGACAGCUGUGGAAAAAUGACAUGAAGAGAUUUACCUCCAGCUUCAUAUCUCAAGCAGGCUGGUGCAAGAAUACCCAAUGAAUACUGAAUAAAUACUGAAUAAUACCAAAUGAAUACCGAAUGAAUACCAAAUGAUAUGUGGUCACCUGGUUGGAGAAAAUGUCUGCGAAUCAACAAGAGAAAGAUCUUUCUGCAAAGGGAGACUUAAAAGACGAACUUAAUAAAAAGAUUAAGGAACAGAAGGUCGUGGUUGAUGAACUCUGCAAUCUGAAGAAAAACAGGAGGGUUUAUGUACAGCAGCCCAACAGUAACAUCUUCUUUUUGGCUGACAAAGCGGAGACACUAAGUACUUGCAGAAAAACACUGGACAAUAUGAAGAAAGAGUUCCAGGAUUUAUAAAAACAUACAAAGUGGACCAAGACUAGUUAAGAGGAAUGUAACGAAUUUUAAAAUGUGUGGUAUUUGCUGUGCCGUGAACUUUUCCUCCUCUCAUGUGUUAGAAUCGAGACUGCUUCAGAAUUUGACAAAGAGAGGGCCUCACUCAAGUAAGGAAGUAAGGAAAAGAGUGGGAGAUGUGAGCUGUGAGUGCCUUUUCUCUGCUCAUGUUCUUCACAUGAGAGGCAAACUGACUCCUCAACCACUGGAAGAUACAGACGGAAAUGUCUUUCUCUGGAACGGAGAGGUGUUUGGUGGUCUGGACUUGGGAUUUGAAGACAACGACACCGAAUGUCUCUUCCAUCAUCUCUCCAGCUGUUCCAGCCCUGGAGAUAUUUUGUCUCUUCUGUCUAAUGUACGAGGGCCAUGGGCUUUUAUUUACUACCAGGCAGCUAAACACUGCCUCUGGUUUGGCAGAGACUACUUUGGCCGGCGGAGUCUGCUUUGGCGAUUUGGUCCGCGGGAGAAAUUUGUGAUUAUAACAUCUGUUGCGGCUUCUCUCAAUGGGGCCAGUGAUUCGCCGUGGCAGGAGGUUCCAGCAUUUGGGGUUUACAAACUUGAUUUAGGUGAAAAUUCUCAACUGAGUUCUUUGAGGUUAGAGUUGUAUCCGUGGAUUUACCCAGGUGAAAAAACACCUUCAGUUGAUGAGCUUAACUGGGAGAGUCUUGACAACUGUGUGUCUUUAGUGAUGAAUGAUUCUGGGCUUUGUCUUGCUUCCCCCAUAAGUCCAAUGAACAUGUCUGUGAGUCAGACCAUCAGUGCUAAUACGAACACCUUUGGCUCUCAGCCAACCAUUGAAGACCUGGAUGCAUUCUUGACAUGUGAUCAGAUGAAGAAGGUGGCUAGCCAGCUCAUAGAUGUUUUGAGCCGAGCUGUACAGUGGCGUGUGCAGUAUCUUCCUUACGAAGAUCCAGCUACAUUGAUGCCCAACGACAAAGCUGACGUCGCUAUCCUCUUUUCCGGUGGAAUCGACUCCAUGAUUCUGGCUUUGUUAGCCCAUCGCCAUGUCCCAAGUGGAAAACCAAUCGAUCUUUUGAAUGUGGCUUUCAGACUCCAGGAGCCAAAGAGACAGAAAGGACCAACCAAGAAAAUGAAGAACAAGAAGAUGACACCGGAUCAGGCCAAUGAUCUCGGCGAGCCCCUUCCGUCUGCGAGGUUCGACGUGCCUGACAGAAUCACCGGCAGAGCUGGCCUGCAGGAGCUGUGUGCCCUAAGCUCAGACCGGAAGUGGAACUUUGUAGAAAUCAAUGUAACCCAGGAAGAGCUUCAAGACAUGCGACAGAAACACAUCUGUCACUUGGUGCAUCCUUUGGAGACAGUGCUGGAUGACAGCAUUGGCUGCGCAGUGUGGUUUGCAGCCAGGGGGAUUGGCUUCGUAAAGGACGGGAUAGAGUACAGACCAUUCACCUCCUCUGCAAAGGUGGUUCUGACUGGUAUCGGAGCAGACGAACAGCUGGCAGGGUACUCGCGACACCGGGUCCGAUACAAGGCUGCUGGGCUUGAGGGCCUGGUCCAAGAGCUAGCUAUGGAGCUUGGCAGAAUAUCAUCCCGGAACCUUGGCAGGGACGACAGGAUCAUCGGGGACCACGGAAAGGAGGCCAGGUUCCCCUAUCUGGAUGAGGAGGUGGUCUCCUUCCUGAAUGGCCUACCAGUGUGGGAGAAGGCAGAGCUCUCGCUCCCCCGGGGGCUGGGGGAGAAGCUGCUGCUGAGGCUGGCAGCCCGGCAGCUGGGGCUGUGUGCCUCAGCCAUGCUGCCCAAGAGGGCCAUGCAGUUCGGCUCCCGCAUCGCCAAGCUAGAGAACAGCCACGAGAAGGCGUCCGACAAAUGCAGUAGACUCUGUGCUACAUGAGUCAUUCCCUGGAUACUUCACAUUCAGAAACCUUUCAUCAUCAAAUCGGUACCUAUAUUUUACUGAUCCGAGGGGAGAAAUGUUUUAUGCUCGAUUACUUUCCAUUCAUUAUACCAUUAUGUAUUUUCCUUUUGUUUCAUCGAUCAUUAAAAUAAUUUUAAAAUCG